AUGCCACUGCCGAUUCCUACAGCUCUUUGGGUGGACAUCUCCAUGGAUUUUGUACUAGGCUUACCAAAGAUCCAGCACAAGGAUUCAAUCUUUGUUGUGGUGGACAGAUUCUCCAAGAUGGCACACUUCAUACCUUGUGCCAAGGUGAAUGAUGCAUCCAAGACAGCUGAUCUGUUCUUUAAAGAAAUCGUGCGCUUACAUGGGACCUCUUUAGAUCUUAAACCCUUACCUCCAGCUGAAGCCAUCAGUUUAACCGGUGAGGCUAAAGCUGCUUAUGUCAAGGAACUCCAUCAGAAGGUGAAAGACAAUCUAGAGAAGAGAACUGAGCAGUACACUAAACAUGUCAAUAAGGGCCGCAAAGAAGUUAUAUUUGAACCAGGGGAGUGGGUUUGGUUGCAUAUGAGGCAAGAAAGGUUUCCUAACCAGAGGAGUUCCAAGCUAAAGCCAAGAGGAGACGAUGAACCAGUUUUGAGGUCAAAACCUUUUGAAGAGGGAGGGAAUGAUGAGGACAUUCAACCAAAGCUUGAACCAGACUUAACUGAACCUGAUAUUCAGGACAUGAUCAGCAACAUAACCAAACCAGAGAUAGUUCAAGACGUGCCACUAGUGCCAGUACCAACCGUAUUCAAGUUGACGAUUCAAGCUUGA